AUGCCCCACCGCAUGUACCGCCUACGUAUGCCUCGGGCGACAAAUUUAGCAAAGCGACAGCAGGGAGCGAGCAACCAGCGCGACACCAGACACGAAAAUGGCCUGGUAGGCCCUGGGAGGCGCGUCGUCAAGCAGAAGAGCCAGGUUCAGCUCGAUGGCAGCCCCAGACCUGCUGUCGACAAUGCCGUCGCACCGCCCGUCCCAUCCGCGCCCGCCGCCGCCAAUGGUUUCGCGCCGCAUCUCGACGACAUGCCCCCCGAGCACAAGGCGGCCGAGCUGCUGCGGAGAGAGUCGCUAGGCACCUACUCGGGGUCUUCCUCGACCGACUCCCUGCUGAUCCCUCCCGCGCACUCCGUUCCCGAGGAGGCGCACCGCCGGAUCGACGUCAACGAUGCGAAGAACAACAACGUCCAUCGCGACCCGGGUCCCUUGGACUUGGCCCUCACGGUGCUCCGAUCGUGUCCGAUCCACGACACCAUCGCCAUUCUCAUCAUCCUCAUGCAAGUGUCGCCGGCCGCUUUGGCUACUAUCUACAUGCUCUUCACACUUCUCACCUUCGUCCCUCCGGUCACCACGAGCUCCGGCCUCAGCAUUGCUGAAAUCUUCGACGGCAAUCAAGGGACGCCCUCGCUAACGACAUUGAUCUGCAUGGACGUGAUUAUGCUGGGAAUAUGGCUGUUUCUCUGGGCACCAAUGCAGCGGUUUAUCUUGGAUCUUGCCCAGGUCGUCAUCUCGUUGACGCUAGGAGGGGGAGGCAGCUCGAGAGAGGGCACGACAAACAACAUCCUCCUCUGCGUCGCCAUUGUGGGCAUCUCCCAAUGGACGCGUCAUGCACGGUGGACUGGCCUGUCACACCUGGGCUCGAUAUUUGGAUCGAAUAGCUUGUUCUCCCUUCGCCCCGAGGACAGCUUCAGCCCGUCCGUUCGGUCUUUCGACAAGAAGGGACCCUACGGGUGGGUCAGGAGCAUCCUGGCCAUCCAUAUUCUCACUCAAGGGCUGGUCCGCUAUAUCCGAGAGUGGUAUCUACGACGCGAGAGGCGCGACAUGCAGUCCCAGAGCAUGUUGGACCCCGAGGCGGGCAAGUCGGUUUCCUUCCCGAGCGAAGGUUCCUCAGAUGCCGCCAUUAUGGCAGCAGACAGCGAUGCUCAUCUGCAAACGAGUGCGGUCACGAUUACCACGAAGAAGAGGCGCAAGCAGAGUGCACAGGUCCGAAUUCGGCAGCCCCUCUGGGCGGCCCUCGCAAGUACGAAAAUUGUCAUGGUUAAAGAGUAUGAACUUUCUCAUGCGGCCGCCGAAUCCGCCGGAUCCGAUGCCACUGAUAUUCACAACCUGGGCAAUGCGCCGUUCAACAAACAGCCUAAGCAAAUAUGGAUCUGCUAUGUCGGUUGUGAUGAGGUCUGCUUCAACACAAGCCACUUUCCAGAUUCAAUGGAUGUCCCCGAGGACGAGAGCAAGUCGGGUGUGGACUACGCCAAGCCAUUUUACGUCAUGGUGAACAACGCCGUAUGGCAACCGACGCGCAUCACUCCGAUUGAGGACGGCGAGGAGGAAGAUCAGCAAGGCACACGCUGGACGGGCGACAUAUAUGGACUCACGCCGUUGUCGAAUUACGAAUGCGAGUUUAUCAGCACUCGAACUGGUGAGAUUCUUUUCUCUACGAGCGUGAGGACCAUACAGGCCAAGAGCAAGGACCUCGAAGUCGUAUCAAAAACACCCGGAAAUCAGCGAGCCCAUAACCGCCAUGAUUCACCGGCGACGACCCUCAGAGCUUCCAUCGCUGCGGCCGAAGCCAAGCUGGCUGACGAGAAGGCUCGCCUCAAGGCUGUCCGCAAGGACAACAACCGCAAGAUAAACGCCACGAAGAAGGAGAUCGAGAAGCUUGCUGCGGCAGCUCAAUCGGCAGGAGGCGACGAUGAGAAGUUCAGGCAAAAGGUUGCGCAGAAUAACAUCCAGGAGAAACGGGCCGAGGAAUCCAUUGCGGAACUUGACGCCGAGCUUAAAGAACUGGAGAGUGUGCCGGAGGAACUUCUCAACCAAUACCGUUCUAAGCAAAGUGCUUGGGCAGCCGAAAAACCCCAGUUCGACAAGGCCCGUUCAGCAUUCAAGGUCUUCAAGGCGACGAUUGACAAGGAUACCAAGUGCUUGGAGGAGGAGCAAGCUAGUUUGCAAGCGAAACGAAACAAGAUUGCCACCCGCAUCGCCAAAGUCGACGACGAGCACAACCGCAUUACGGAUGCAAACGCCAGGGGUUUGGGUGAGGCUGAGCGUCGCCGACAGGAGCGUGCUGCUCUCGAGUCCGACAUGGCGCGCUCAGAGCAGCUUCUCAGAGAUCGCAUCAAUUCUCUACGUGUCGUCAACAUUGGGAAACAGGCCCAAGUUCACGAGAUGGCGAACCAGAUGCAGGCAUACUUGUCCAGCUUCCAGGAUGAUGCUGCGUACGACCCAGGCUCCCCGUCGAACCAGUAUGCGUCUGGUCCCUGGAACGUGUCGGCGACGCAGUUCAACGCCCAGUCCAUCUGGCCGUCCGCAACAAUGCCGCCCCAAUCUAGCUCUAUUCUUCCGCCGCCGCAUGUCUCAUCCUUUCCCAACCUGCUCGCUACCAACCAAAGCACCGCACCACAGCAGAAGACUAGAGGUCGUUCUUCUUCGAUGCUUAGCAAUGUUUCAGGCUUCACCCAGUCCACAGAGUCGGACGAGCGCGAGAGCAACGGUCAUACGGUCAUGGCAACCACCGCGCCGCCGGGCCACGCUCACGCUCACCGCAGCGUCUAUGGAGCGCCAGGCACCAUGACUCGCGGACCUACAGGCUUUCAUUUCUCACACCAGCGGGGUGACGGCUUGGGGUCCGGGUCCGGGUUUGGGUCCGGAUCUGGUUCUGGUUCGGGAUCGGGAUUCGCUUCGGAACGCAGUAGCAUGCGGUCUGGAAGUGGAAGCGGUGCGAGCCUCCGGGAUGCUGUAAGCCCAGCUUGA